AUGUGCAGCAAUACUGGAAGUAGUGCAUGUGGCUGUGAGACAGGAGGAAAUGGUGCUGGCAGUUGGAGUUCUGGUUUGAGGAAGCCUCAGAAACAUCCAAGAGUAGCAAAAAGAGGUCCCGGAGUGGCUGAACUCGAGAAGAUCUUGAGAGAGCAGGAAAGAAUAGACAUAACAGACAGGGGAAAUGUUGAAGGAUUUUCAUCUUCAUGUUUCAUUCCCCAUCAUUCAAAUUCAUUUCUUUCUUCGUCUUUGAAAUCACAUCCCACACCAACCAAUUUGCCUACUCAUGUCCCAUCAGCCCCAAAAUUUGAUCAUUUAGGCCCAACUAAACCAUCAAUCAUGACUCCCAUUUGUGGACCAUUAGGAAGAAACGGUGGAUCAGGCUUGGUUUGGAGUGAGCAAGAAUUAUUUCCCAAGAAUCUUAGUUCAUGCAGGUCCAAGUCCAUCCUCAUUAAUGAAGAGGUGGAUGGAAACCAAUUUGACUCUGGCAAUUCCCCAUCUAGGAAUUUGUCGAGUGAAUUCAAUCACAUCUGGUCUUAUCCUGCUACGAUUCAAAAGAGAAACAACCAGUAUCCACCUCUCACGAUGAAUCAAUUUACAGGGGCUGGUACCUGUGCCCUGACUUCUUCAGGAUCAUUGCCCAUUGGAGUGCACAAUCAUCUAGAGCCCCCUUCAAACCAAAAUUCAUAUUACAGCUACACAUCUAGGGCCCGAGAGGAACAUAAGGAUAGAAUGGAGGAGGCAUACCAACGUUCAGAAUCAAGUGGAGGAGAGAGUAAGAGUAGGCCUUUCUAUAACUUCUUAGAAGUGGAGGAGUCAGAGUGGAUGAGCCCAGAUCAUGGAGGGCGUGAAGCAGGAGGAGGCUGCAUUGAUCUUAGCUUGAAGCUCUAA